AUGGUUUUAAUUGGGUCCAUGCAUAAGUUCGAUGUCAAGUCAGACGAGUGGAUUGUUUAUCAAGAACAAUUAGAGCAAUUUUUUGAAGUAAAUAACAUAAGGGACACCCAGACGGACAAGAAACAGGUUGCGGCGUUAUUGAGUCUAAUUGGCUCAGAUACAUACAAAGUCUUAAGGGAUCUAUGCACCCCCAGUUUACCAAAGUCGAAAUCAUACGAAGAAUUAUGUAAGCUAUUAAAGGCUCACUUUUCACCGGCGACUUGCCUCUUUAGGGAGCGCAUCGAUUUUUAUGCUGCUGCGCAGGAGGCGAACGAAUCGCUGAACAAAUGGUACGCCAGGAUUCAUAAUCUUGCAACAAAUUGUGAAUUUGGCACCAAUUUGAAAUCAGUCCUCCGGGAUAAGUUCGUUUGCGGUCUUCAAAAAGGGAAAAUAAGGGACAGGUUGUGUGAGGAGAAGCCAGGCGAAGUAACUUUGGAGAAGCUAAUGGAGAUUGCCCUUAGUAAAGAAGCAACAUUGUUAGCAGUAGAUAAAUCAGUAAAUUUAGUGAAGUCGAAUCCGUUUCAACUGAGGCAGAAGGUAUUCCAGCAGCGUCAGACCCCAUCAGGCAACUCUGUGGAGAAGAAAAUGGGAAAAUGGAAGUGCACAGCUUGUGGAAGACUUCACACCGGACAGCAACAAUGCAGGUAUGCGAGCUACAAGUGCAACAGCUGUAAUAAAAUUGGACACUUAUCAAAGGUAUGUAAGUUUAAAGACAUUAAACAAAACAUGUUGGACUUUGAUACAGAGACUGUUGAAAUAAAUAAUAUUUACUUUAACAAUGACAAACCAAUUUACAUACAUAUUUCUGUUAAUGAACAUAAAAUAUCAUGUCAAAUGGACUCAGGGGCAGCUGUAUCGGUUUUAAACUAUGAUACGUAUAAAAAAUACCUAUCCAAUUUAGAUUUGCAUGAUUCAAACAUCAUUUUAAGAAGUUUUUCAGGAUGUAAAAUUAAACCAGCAGGUUAUAUAGUAGGUGAUGUGCAGUAUAACAAUACUAUUUGCAAAAAUUUUAGUUUUCAAAUAAUUAAAAGCAAUCAGCCUUCAGAAAACUUGUUAGGUAGAGAUUUCUUGGAAAAAUUUAAAUUUAGAAUAACAGCUGAGGUGUUAUCAAUAAGUAAUGAGACAGAAAAUAUUUGUGCAGAAUUUAAACGUGUGUUUAAUAAUUCGUUAGGAUGUUACAAUUAUAAAAAAGUUCACUUGCAACUAAAAGAGAAUAUGCAACCAGUCUUUUUAAAAGCUAGACAAUUACCUUUAGCAAUUAAAAAGAGGGUGGAGGAUGAACUAAAUACUCUUCAAAGGGAGCAAGUUAUCACUCCAGUAGAAACUUCAGAGUGGGGAACUCCAUUAGUACCGAUAAUCAAAAAUGAUGGUUCACUCAAGCUCUGUGGAGACUACAGAUUGACCGUUAAUAGAUAUUUCAAACAAGUGCAAUAUCCAUUACCUUCCGUAGAAAGUAUAUUAAUGGAAUUAAGCGGGGGCGAAUCGUUUACGAAGUUAGAUUUAAGUUAUGCGUAUAACCAAAUCAGCGUAGAUGACGAAUCAGCCAUGAUUUUAACUUGGACCACACACAAGGGGUUAUUUAAGGUGAACAGGUUACCUUACGGCAUUACGCCAGCCAGCUCAAUUUUCCAAAAGGUACUAGAACAACUACUGCAAGGCAUUAAGAAUACGGCAAAUUUCUUAGACGAUAUCAUUGUAACCGGAGCAACUAGGAAAGAGCACGUAGAAAAUCUAAAAGCAGUUCUUAAAAAACUGAACGAUGCAGGGUUUAAGCUAAACAAAACUAAAUGUGCAUUCUUUCAGGAAGAAGUCAGCUAUUUAGGUUUCACAAUUUCAAAGUAUGGUAUAAAGAAAAACCUGGAAAAACAACGAGCGAUCAUUGAAGCACCCAGACCUUCAACGAUUACCCAAGUAAAAAGUUUUGCAGGUAUGGUUAACUAUUAUAGCAAAUUUGUACCUAAAUUAGCAAUAUUAAUGCGACCUAUAUAUGACCUAUUGAAGCAAAAUCAAAAAUAUAAAUGGACGUCUAAUUGUGAAAAAUCAUUCAAAGAAAUCAAAAGUAUUAUUGCGUCUGAUCAAAUAUUAGCUCACUUUGAUCCUAACUUACCCAUAGUUGUACAAACAGAUGCGAGUCAAGACGGCAUAGCAGGAGCAUUAUUUAACAAAAAUAAAAAUGGAAUUUUGAAGCCAGUGGCGUUCAUUUCGAGAUCGUUGAUGCCGGCAGAAAAAAAUUAUUCGGUUUUAGAUAAGGAGUCUCUGGCAAUUUACUGGUCAGUCAAGAAACUAUAUCAGUAUUUGAUGGGACAACAGUUUACAAUCCAAACGGAUCAUCGUCCGCUAGUGUCAAUCCUAGGCGAAACCAAGGGAAUUCCACAGAUGGCAGCUUCAAGACUUCAACGUUGGUCAGCAUUUCUUUCGGGAUUUUCAUAUAAGCUGGAAUAUAUUAAAGGCGAAAAUAAUAAUGUAGCAGACAUGCUCAGUAGGCAUCCUGUUGAUAUUUGUUAUAUUUCCAAAGGUCAAGAUGUAAAAUCAUCUCAUCUAAAUAUGAUCAUAUCCGAAAACUUACCGGUAGACUACAAGAAAGUAGCAUUGGAAACUAGAAAAGAUGUGGUACUUUCUAAGGUGUAUAAUUACCUAUCGGUAGGUUGGCCAAGCAAGGUGGAGGAGCAAACAUUAACACCAUAUUUUAGAAAAAGAUUAGAAUUAACUCUGGAGCAGGGAUGCGUCAUGUGGGGAUACAGAAUAAUAAUACCUACAAAAUUUAGACAACAAUUGCUGGACGAAUUACAUAGUAGUCAUCUGGGGAUAGUCAAAAUGAAAUCCAUUGCCCGAGCAUACUUCUAUUGGCCAAAUCUGGAUAAGGAUAUUGAAGAAACGUGUCGAGCAUGCAUACCUUGCCAGACAAUCGCAAACAAUCCACAAAAAUCAGAGAUCAUGAGUUGGAACAAACCAACAAGACCGUGGCAACGUAUUCACGUGGACUUUUUGGGUCCUAUUAAAGGAAACACCUUCCUAAUAGUAUUAGAUGCAUUUAGCAAAUACCCAGAGAUCAAGAAGAUGGAAAGAACGACAUCGGAAGAGACAAUUGAAAAAUUCAGGGACAUUUUCAGUACUUGGGGAAUACCGGAAACAAUAGUCUCUGAUAACGGACCACAAUUUGUGUCGACGGAAUUCAAAAACUUCCUCAUAAAAAAUGGGAUAAGGCAGAUUACAUCAGCACCGUAUCACCCAUCUACAAAUGGAGCAGCCGAAAACGCAGUCCGAACGUUCAAGAAAUCAUUAAAGGCAGCACUGUUAACUCACAAACAUAAUAUCACUCCUAGUUUAGUAGUUAGUCGAUAUUUACUUAACUACAGGAACUCUGUGCAUUGCGCCACAAAUGAAACACCAUCGAAACUCAUGAUAGGCAGAAAUGUUAGAACUUUAUUCAACUUACUUCAACCGAGGAGGGAGAAUAAGGAAAAUAAUGGAACGGGUAGACAUGAAACCUUUCAAGAGGGGGAGACAGUUAUGGUUAAGGAUUACAGAGAGAAAAACAAUACUAUCUGGAUCAAAGCAAAAAUUUCUCAAGUGCUAGGGAAGAAAAAUUACCUUUGCAUGUUACUAAACGGUCAGACGUGGCGAAGACAUCUGGAUCAGAUUCGGAAAUUCGGGUUAGAGCUGAACCACGACAUCGAGAAGACCUCGGAAAACCAUACAACUAAAGUACCAAGCCAACGAUUAGAAGAAAAGAGUUCAACCUCCACUCCUCAAACGGAAAUUAUUGACGAUGUUCAGGACGAACAAACAGUUGCAGAUUCUAAUAUAACUCCUUUAGUAAAUGCACAUGUUGAAAAUGUAAUUACAAACAAUUCGGGUAAUUUACCAGAAACUAUAGGUAGUAAUUAUAGCAGAAACAAUUCUGGAACUAUACCAGAAGCAAUAGUUAGUAGGUCAGGUAGGAAAAUUAAGAAACCAGAAAUUUUCAAAGAUUUUGAAUGUACUUAA